CUCAUUAUUCUAGGGGCUUCGGUAGCAAAGACGAACAUCCCAAAUGCGUUACAGAGCAACACGGUAGCUCUGUAAUAUGUCAGCUACAAUCUGGCCCUUCUCUAACGAUAGAAAUAUCUGCCAAUCGAGCGACAUUUGUUGCUAUUCACAUGGGCUGCCAUAGCGUGAUUAAAUGUUUUGGUGAAAAAGGAGUAGACGCUCGCUCCGGAAUAACAAGACGAGGAGAGUCGUCAGAGAAAGCUAAGUGUUUUACAUGGAGGCACAUAUCUGCCAUCGCCUGAAGGUUUUGAAGGGAGCGCGGGGCGACGCGUCACCUCUGUUAUCUUAACUAAGCAUCUUGGCCACACCAUGGCUCCGAGUCCGCAGCAAAGCGCAUCCUAGACCGGGGAAAGGGCGUGCAACGCGAACGGAUAACGGGUCCAGUUUGUGCCUUGUCGAUCUAUCCGCGUUACCGCCCAGCUUUCCGUCUCUCCCGCACAAAGAAAACCAGGAAAUACAAGUUUAGUCCCGCUGCUCCCACUCAUUACCUGCUGCGAACAUGGGUAAUACACCCUCCUGCUGCGUGGCGUCGAGCCCCAAGCACCGGCGGAACAAUCACUCCAGGCUGGAACCCUACCGACCAGAGCCUGAGCUGAGCCGAGAGGACACGGGCUGCAACCUCCAGCACAUCAGCGACAGGGAAAAUCUGGACGACCUGCCAAUGGAAUACAAUCCCUCUGACCAUCCUCGGGCCAGCACCAUCUUCCUUAGCAAGUCUCAGACUGAUGUUGCUGUGCACAACAGGCGAGUUCGAGAAAAGAGGAAGAGCCUUUACAUCAAUCAUUUUACACACAUUUGGGAAAACAAGCGUCAUCCAGCCCCGCUGAGACGAAAGUACAGCUCCUGUUCCACCAUAUUCCUUGAUGACAGCACCGUCAGUCAGCCCAACCUCAAAUACACAAUUAAAUGUGUAGCCCUGGCAAUAUUCUAUCACAUACGCAACAGAGAGGUUGAUGGAAGAAUGACCUUGGACAUAUUCGAUGAGAAGCUGCAUCCGCUCUCGAAGUCUGAAGUUCCUCUGGACUACGAUAAACACGACCCUGAGCAGAAGCAGAUUUAUCGCUUCGUUAGGACUCUCUUCAGCGCGGCACAGCUCACGGCUGAGUGUGCAAUUGUGACAUUGGUGUAUUUGGAGAGGCUCUUGACCUACGGUGAGAUUGACAUUUGCCCGGCCAACUGGAAGCGUAUCGUGUUAGGAGCCAUCCUCCUGGCAUCCAAAGUCUGGGAUGACCAGGCAGUGUGGAACGUUGACUACUGCCAGAUUCUCAAGGAUAUCACGGUGGAAGACAUGAACGAGCUGGAGCGGCAGUUUCUGGAGCUGCUGCAGUUCAACAUCAAUGUGCCAUCCAGCGUCUACGCCAAGUAUUACUUUGACCUGCGUUCUCUGGCUGAGGCCAACAACCUCAGCUUUCCUCUGGAGCCCCUCAGCAGGGACAAGGCACAGAAACUGGAGGCUAUCUCUAGGUUGUGUGAUGAUAAAUACAAGGACCUGAAGAGGCUAGCCAAGAAGCGGACAGUGAGUGCAGACAACCUGGCAGGCGUGCACUGGUGUCCGGCUAUCAUUUCGUAAUGGCAGCUGACCAAGGAAAGCGGCCGUCCAGUGAAUGUGGGGGUUUGUGUGUGUCUGGUCAGACGCACACAAACAAACCCGACACUUUUAUGAAGCAAGAUUGCACACCUCUCUGGUUGUAAAUAAAUGAACUGCGCUGCACUGAACCAGACCGAGCCGGGCAGAACCAAACUGAGGUGUGUGAGCGCAACAAAAUGAAGGAUGAAGGAACUACAACGUGAGAUGUCAAUGUUGGAAGGGAAAACUAGCUAAAGGGAAAGUGCACUUUUUUGGAAUUUAUCCCAUCAUCCACAACCCUUAUGUGAAACAUGAACACAUAUUUCUGUCCCUUUUCUGUGCGUUCUAGCGAGAGAAAACAAGUUACUAUGAGCUAGCUAACAAUGCACGUCACAGGGAGCUACCUAUUUCAACUGCGAAGCCCUUCUAAAAACCCACAAGGUUUUAUAGUUUGAUAUCCAUGCUGUGACCAUGCAUGAACAUGUACAUGUUUCCUAGUGCAUUGAUUUAGCCCAGGAGCCCACGCUACUUCCGUCAACAGCAGCAGCGUAGAAACAUGGACAACACUUCAAAUGGCCGCGCUCCUUGGGAUGUCCGUGUCUGCCAGCACGAGACGUGUGCUCCGGGCCUCGGGUCAAACAUGCUGACAGCAAAGCAGCAUCUUGUUGAGCGUUGGUCACCAAAUGGAGAGCUAGGUAUCCGCUCUUCUGUCUGUGAGUGAUGCCGAGACGAGCGGCGGGCCAGGCGUCGUGUUACUCGGCAGAUAAAUGUAUAUUUUUGGUGUUAGCUGCUAGAAUAGCUUGAUUAAUAUACUGGUCACUUAUGGAAAAUGGGACACUUUUGCCGUUUUUAGUUUUUUUUGUCAGGGCUCUGGCAUCAAAAUAGGUACCUCUCAUAAUGUUUAUUGUUAGCUAGCUCGUACCGACUCCUCUUCUCUCGUUAGAAGGCACAGAAAAGGGAAAGAAAUUUGUUCAUGGUUGACAUAAGUAUUGUGCAUGAAAAGUAGCAGCUUUGCUACAUUUCUAAACUUUCCUGCUAUCUUUCUAAGCUUCAUUUGAAGAGUUUACAGACACAUUUUUAAUUGCUCACGCUCUUCCAUUCCCAAUUCAGUCCUACACAAGAAAGUAUACAUUCUAUUAUUGCAUAUCAGCACACUGUUGUUGAUGAUUUAACUCCUUGUUCAUUUAGCCAACAGCCUUAUACCUGACAUUCCUGCUCAGUGAGCCAAAGAAAAUCAGUCUUGGGAUACUGCAGUUCACUUCCAGCAAUAUUCAGGCAUUGCCUCGUUGUUGCGAUUAGGUAGAGAAAAAGCAUUCAUACUUCCUCUCAGUCUGAUGUGAAACGUACCAGAGGUCAUGUUGUACUUUUUUCACUGCCGUUGUCUGACCCGUGGUCCCUGUUCUGAGCCACUUCAACACUUAACACUGGAGAAAACCACUCACUGACAGAUAACGUCUUUUUUCUAUUUGUGGUGACUAAAAACGUGACUCUUCAGGUCGUAUGUCCUGGGGAGAGGCUGAAUGAAUGAUUAUACAACACUGCUCACACCAGAUUGUAUACCUUUGGCUCAUGUGUGUCUGUAUAGUGUACAUACAGUGCCAGUGUGCAACAUCUGCGCUUGUGCUCUUUCUUAGAAUAUUUUUAUUCCUUUCUACUGUACAUGAGGUAUUCAGAGAAGUAUAAAGAUUUCAAA